AUGAUUGUUAAGUGUAAAAACAAGUUUUAUUUUACCAGCUCUUACGUCCACCCGAUGACGCUAGAAAAAGGGGGGGAAAGCACUGUCGUCCGUUCUCAAGAAAAUGGCAAAAUUGUUACUAUGGAACCGAUAAUACAAGUAAUAAAUAAGUUGAGAGAAGUGUUUUCUGCUGUCGGUACUCGAGAUGCUGAAAUUCAGCUACCUCAAAUUGUUGUUGUUGGGGCCCAGAGUUCGGGUAAAAGCUCUGUCCUGGAAGGCAUUGUUGGCAGAGAUUUUUUACCAAGGGGUACUGGGAUCGUAACGAGGCGGCCUUUAAUACUGCAACUAAUAAAUCUACCUUUAGAAGACAAAGAAGCUCGAGUGGAUGAUAAUGGUAUGUUGCAUCUUCGUCAGGGGUCUCUAGCUGUUAAAAGGGAAAUUGAAACUGUUACUGACGAAUUGACGGGAACAAAUAAGGGUAUUUCAGCGGUCCCAAUUGCUUUGAAAAUCUAUUCUCCUAGUGUCGUCAACUUGACAUUGAUAGAUUUGCCUGGCAUAACGAAAGUUCCAGUUGGGGAUCAGCCAUCCGAUAUAGAAAUUCAAAUUCGCGACAUUAUUUUGUCGUAUAUUCAUAACCCAAACUCGAUAAUUUUGGCUGUGACUCCGGCAAACCAAGAUUUUGCUACUUCUGAGCCAUUAAAAAUGGCGCGAGAAGUUGAUCCUGAUGGGUGCCGCACUUUGGCUGUUUUAACCAAAUUGGAUUUGAUGGAUCAAGGUACCGAUGCUAUGGAUGUUCUACUCGGGAGGCUUGUUCCUGUAAAGCUAGGUAUUAUCGGCGUUGUGAAUCGAUCGCAGGCAGACAUCGUUAAUAAAAAGUCCAUUACCGAAAGCCUUCGUCAUGAACAUUUGUUUCUCCAAAAAAAGUACCCUACUUUGAUCAACAGAAGCGGCACACCUUACUUAGCAAAAACCUUGAACAGAUUGCUCAUGCAUCAUAUACGAGAAUGCCUGCCAAAGCUCAAGUCGCGAGUGAAUAUGAUGAUCUCACAAUAUCAGUCUGAACUCAAAACUUACGGAGAGCCAAUUCAGGACUAUAGGGGAACUUUACUGCAAAUUAUCACUCGAUUUGCCACUGCGUAUACUGCCGCAAUUGAGGGCGUGUCAAAAAACAUUGUGACUUCAGAACUAUGUGGAGGAGCUCGGAUAAGAUAUAUAUUUUACGAAACAUUUGGUAAAACCUUGGAGGCUAUUGAUCCAUUGCACAAGUUGACAAAUUUGGAUAUAUUAACAGCUAUGCGCAACUCGACAGGAACGCGUAUGGCUAUCUUCGUUCCAGAAAUAUGCUUUGAAUUGCUUGUUAAAAGACAGAUAAGCCGCUUGGAGGACCCCAGCUUACGCUGUGUUGAGUUAGUCCAUGAAGAGCUGCUGCGUAUUGUGCAACACUGCGAUCAACAGACGCAGCAAGAAAUGAUGCGAUUUCCGCGGCUGUUCGAUAGAGUUACUGAGGUUGUGAAUACCUUAUUGAAGAGCAGGCUGGCUCCAACCAAUGAAAUGGUUAAAAACUUAGUUGCUAUAGAGUUGGCGUAUAUUAAUUCGAAGCAUCCAGAAUUCGCCAAUACACUAGGAAACGUCGUCAAGGACCAUGUGGGGCUUGAAAACGAUGGUAAGUCGUCAGAAAAGGAGCCGUCGUCAAGCGGUGAUGGCGAAGGUGAUGGUACCAGUUUAAAAGGUAGCAUAAAGCGUGAAACGAAGCAACUAAUUUGGAACUAUUUCACAAUAGUGAAGAAAAAUGUACAGGAUGCAGUUCCGAAGGCUAUAAUGCAUUUCUUGGUGAAUUAUGUGCAAGAUAACUUGCAAAGUGAGUUAGUUAGGCAACUGUAUGAUCGAGAGGAAAAUGUAGGAUUGCUCUCUGAAAGUCCCCUAACAGCUCAGAAACGGAAAGAGUGCGUGAAUAUGUUAAAAGCUUUGGAGAAAGCGAUUGAAAUUAUUAACGAGGUUCGUGAAGUGCAAUGCAAAGGCACUGUUGAGAUUUCAAAACAUUUCUUAAGGAAAGAUUGA